AUGAUGAGAUUCAUUUACACAGGGAAAGUGCCAAACCUUGACAAAAUGGCUGACAACUUGUUGGCAGCUGCAGACAAAUAUGCACUGGAACGGCUGAAGGUCAUGUGUGAAGAAGCUUUGUGUAGUAACCUCUCAGUAGAAAAUGUUGCUGAUACCCUUGUCCUUGCAGAUUUGCACAGUGCAGAACAAUUGAAAGCACAAGCCAUAGACUUUAUUAAUAGGUGCAGUGUACUUCGACAGCUUGGGUGUAAAGAUGGGAAAAACUGGAAGAGCAACCAAGCAGUGGACAUAAUGGAAACAUCCGGGUGGAAGUCCAUGAUUCAGUCUCACCCACAUUUGGUGGCAGAAGCCUUCCGAGCACUAGCAUCUGCACAGUGUCCACAGUUUGGUAUUCCACGAAAACGGCUAAAACAGUCUUGA